UCCUUGUAACAGGAAGUGAGUGUUUUGUGGCAAAAGGGAAAAUAGUUCAUCGGAUCGUGAAAUGGAAUUAAUUAACGUUUGCUCAAAAUAGGUGACAGAUAUGUCUGAAGUCCCAGCAUAUUUGAGGGGUAGAGGGAGAGGAAGAGGUAAUGCUCCUGCUCCUGAUGGUAAAGGGUGGGGCUCCCAACUUUGGGGCGGUGACAACACUGGCAACAACAAGAUCAAAGGCUUCGGACAGAGACACAGUGAUACAGCCUCUAAUGGACUUCAAGACCAGAAAGGAGAUGCCAGAGGAAAGAAACAAGACAAAAGUGGGAAGAAAGGCGACAGUGGUGCUAUGAAAGGAGAUAGUAUCGAGGAGAAAGGAGACGGUGGUGAGAAGUUCCGUCAGGCCAGUGUACAGCACCAACAAGCCAUACAGCAGUAUCUUCAGGAUCAGCCACAGUCCAACGACAAUGACUCUUCAGAGGACGAGGAUGACAUCGGCAAUAAUAUCCUCUCUUCUGUCUUCAAAUCCUAUUCUUCCUCUAUUGGUGAGGAUGAGAAGGACAUCAACCAAGCCCAGGAGGACCUGGUCUACUCCUUCAGGUCCGGCGUGUCGGCCUGCCUCGUCUGUAUAGAGACAAUAAAGAAGAAUGAACCUAUUUGGAACUGUAAGGGCUGCUGUGCAAUGUUCCACAUGCAGUGUAUACAGAAGUGGGUAAAGGAAGGUGUGUACCAGCAUAUGUACCGGUCAGAGGAGGAUCAUAUUCCCAAGGAUCUACCUUGGUAUUGUCCAAAGUGUCGCUUGGAGUACAAGCCGUAUGAGUGCCCAACCCGCUACAUGUGUUUCUGUGGGAGAGAAGAGGACCCCAAGUUUGACCCCUGGUUAGUUCCUCACUCCUGUGGUCAGACCUGUGGACGUCAGCUCAAACCUGAGUGUGGUCACACCUGUCUGCUGCUUUGUCAUCCAGGUCCAUGUCCACCGUGUCCAAAGACAGUCAAGACUCGAUGUUACUGUGGUCAGCAAGUACCUGUUGUCAAGAGGUGUAGUGCUAAGACAUGGGCUUGUGGUCAGCCAUGCGGCCAAACUCUGACUUGUGGCCAUCACAAGUGUCAACAACCAUGUCAUGCCGGUGACUGUGCCCCUUGCCCUAAAACCAGUGAGCAGAAAUGUCAGUGUGGAAAGUCAUCUUCAGUACGGCCAUGUGCUACACCCAAGUGGCAGUGUGCACAGGCUUGUGGGAAAAGACUGAGUUGUGGUAGCCAUGUUUGUGAAAGAAGUUGUCACAGCGAAACUUGUGGUUCAUGUCCUAGGGCUGGGGCCAGGACGUGUCCAUGUGAAAAGACAGAAUACAUGUUGCCGUGUACAGAAGAUGUGCCAACUUGUGGUGACACCUGUGGCAAGUUGUUGGACUGUGGAAUCCAUGAAUGUUCGCAGCGCUGUCAUGUGGGGCCUUGUGGAACAUGUCGCCAAAUGAUAAAGAAAAAAUGUCGAUGUGGACAGAAGCAGAAAGAGAUCCCUUGCUGCAAGGAGUAUCUGUGUGACACAAAAUGUAGUACCACAAGGGACUGUGGUAGACAUCAGUGUAAGAGGAAGUGCUGUGAUGGGAACUGUCCUUUCUGUGAACAGACCUGUGGUAAACUUCUUGGCUGUAAAAACCACAAAUGUUCUAGUCGCUGUCACAAAGGUGCCUGCUACCCUUGUCCUCUCACAGUAGAGAUCACCUGUUUCUGUAAGACCACCAGGAUCACUGUUCCCUGUGGUAGAGAGAAGUUCACCAGGCCACCUAGGUGUAAACAAGCAUGCAGACUGCCUCCUAAAUGCCACCACCCUGAGCAGAUCCCCCACCGCUGCCACUUCGGUGACUGUCCGCCCUGCCGUUUGAUGUGUGCCAAGGUUCAUCAGUGUGGCCACAUUUGUCCUGUUGGCUGUCACACAGCCGUCAGAGUCAAGGUCAAAGACAAUGUACAGAGAGCUGGCCCCUGGGAGGGGCGCCCCACCGUGAGGGAUGAGAUCGUGGACAAGGUGUGUCCUCCGUGUCUGGUACCGAUACCUGUUACAUGUCUCGGUGGACAUGAGACUUGCAACAUUCCCUGUUUCAAGGCAAAGCCAGAUUCUUGUAUGAGAAACUGUGGCAGACAGAUGUCUUGUGGAAACCAUACCUGUUCCCUUUCCUGUCACCUGGUACGGGGGGCACCAGAUAAUGUACAGGCAGGUGAAACGUGUGAGGUAUGCGAGUCUCACUGUCUGAAGCCCCGCCCGCAGGGUUGUACCCAUGCCUGCUCGCUCCUUAAGUGUCAUUCUGGAGACUGCCCUCCAUGCCAGCAAAUGAACCGCACACGAUGCCACUGUGAGCUGACCGUACAACACAUUAACUGUGAUAGGUGGUUGAAUGCAGACCAGGCCACAAAGGACAGCAUGAAGUCCUGUAAGGGGGAGUGCCCGAAAAAUAUGCCAUGUGGCCAUGCAUGUGGCACCACCUGUCAUGCAGGACCGUGCCCACGUAUUGGUCUGUGUGAGAAGAAAAUCACAAUGAGAUGCAAGUGUCGCAACAGGAAGCAGGAACUGAUGUGUAAAAUGGUGCCGGACCGCCAGGUGAAGCUCGAGUGUACUGAAGCAUGUCAAAAGGAGAAGGAAAGGAAGAAAAAGGGAGAAGAGGAGAAAGAAAAAUCCAAGUUAGAGGAAGAGCGCCUGAAGAACCAGGCUGAGAUAGAGGAAUACGAGAGGAAGAUGAAAGGAGGGAAGAAACGAAAACCACGCAAGCAGCACGAAGUCAAGGUUCAGCAGUCCUUUAUACAAAAAUAUAGUAAAUAUUUGGCUAUAUCUGUUGUUGUAGGUGUAUUGGCUGUCUUUGCCUAUCACCUUUUUCAGAUGUAGGUACAAUCGUGACAGUGAUGUAGGUACUAUCGUGACGGUGAAGCUGUCUUCAUAAAAUUAUUCUACUGAGAAACACACUUCAGCUUUUAAAAAAAUAAGAAAUUUGUCGGAACUUUUUUUUCUGUAACCACCAUUUUAAUCUAAGGAGACAGAUGGAUUAAAGUAUAAUCCAAUUAUUAUUUUCUUAAGAAUAGGAUACAACUAAUGUUAAAAGAAGAACAGGUAGUUCCUAUCAAACUGAUAAUUUAUUUUGUUUAUAAUCUUCAUUCCCACAAUCUCAUCAUAGAAUAAUCUCUGCUACCUUCCUGGUACGGCCUGAUGAACUGAAAUGUAUGUAAUGUGGUGGUGGUGCAAUCUCCAACAAUGUCAGUUGACAUCCAAUUAAGAUUAUAGGUAUGGGGUAUCAUCUUUACUUUCUUGUAUUUCAAGGCUAAUAUGAUGUCUGUGGUGGUUGUUGCCUAAUGUGUACAUGUAUGGGAUAUAUGGUCAGUCGUCAGUCUAGUUGUUGGUCGUGGACACGUCUGUGGUGUUUGUAUUUAUGAGAUGUAGUUGGGUAAACGUUUGAGAUGAUCAAUUGUAUGAGGCAUAGUCGGGCAAACAUUUGAGAUGUUCAAUUGUAUGAGGCGUAGUCGGGUAAACGUUUGAGAUUUUCAAUUGUAUGAGAUGUAGUCGGGUAAACAUUUGAGAUGUUGAAUUGUAUGAGGCGUAGUCGGGUAAACGUUUGAGAUGAUCAAUUGUAUGAGGCGUAGUCGGGUUAACGUUAGAGAUAUUCAAUUGUAUGAGGCGUAGUCGGGUAAACGUUUGAGAUGUUCAAUUGUAUGAGGCGUAGUCGGGUAAACGUUUGAGAUGUUCAAUUGUAUGAGGCAUAGUCGGGUAAACAUUUGAGAUGUUGAAUUGUAUGAGGCGUAGUUGGGUAAACGUUUGAGAUGUUCAAUUGUAUGAGGCGUAGUCGGGUAAACGUUUGAGAUGUUCAAUUGUAUGAGGCGUAGUCGGGUAAACGUUUGAGAUGUACAAUUGUAUGAGGCGUAGUCGGGUAAACAUUUGAGAUGUACAAUUGUAUGAGGCGUAGUCGGGUAAACGUUUGAGAUAUUCAAUUGUAUGAGGCGUAGUCGGGUAAACGUUUGAGACGUUGAAUUAUUUACACGUCUGUGGUGUUUAACUGAUGUGUUGAUGUGUGGUAUAAGAGGUAAGAAUGGAAGUACAGAUCUUAGAGAGAGUUACUGUUGAAUAGAUAUGUAGAUAUACUGGAAUACUGAUUAACACACUUCUGAUCAACAUCUGUCACCUUUCUACAUGUAACUUUUACAAGUUCAAGUAUUUGCAAUAGCUAUUUUUCCUGAAAAUUAAAUUAUUUACAAGGACUCUUAAUACAAGUGUGUGAUUACAUGAGUUUUGGAUACUUAGAAUAAGGAGUGUGCUGCCUUGGUAUUUGGUAGCUGAUCCUAGUUUUUAGGCUACCGUAAAACCCCAAGUAAUUUGCGCAUCUAUGUAAUUUGCGCAGGUACUUUUUGAGGCUGAAAAUCCCCAAAAAAACUUCUCAAAUAUUUUGCGCACCAAAAUUUUUUUGAAAAAAAAAGAUGUUCAAGUUCUGAAAAUUGAUCUCUGAAAAUGAAUAACAAACCGCUUGGGAUUCUUAGGAUUUUUGUAAUUUGUUUAUUAUAAGUAAGUUCAUAAGUAUUGUUUACAGGUACAAUGAUGCUAAAAAUAAGAAGAAACUGCGUAAAAUGUGUAUUUUGUUGUUUGUUUCCUUUGAAAUAUCUUAUCUUAUUUUAUCUUGUGACCUUAUCUUGCUUUAUAGUACAGUACUAAUAUAUCCCCAUUUUCCUGCAGGCACAAUGUAAGACUUAAGUUAAAUGUCUGUACCCAAGUUUCCCUGAGUAUUUAGGUUUAUAAUUUACUUAAUUUCAUUUUCAGCAAUAAAAUAUGGAAAAAGUUUAGGUAAAAGUGUUAUCUUUCACUACAGAUUAGAUAUCAAAUAAAGUUAUCGUUAAUACUUAUGAAUGAUUCAAACUUCUUUUCCAGUCUCAGAAUGAAUAGGUUUCUGAAACCUAUAACUAGUUUCUAUGCAAUUUUGUCUUUUGCAAUGAUUUAGUAUAGUGAAUUAUGUUUUUUAGAUUUUCAUGUGCAAUUAAUCGUACACUAUUUUUUCCUCUACAGUUUCAUUUUGUCACUCUGGAAUAUGAAUCAGACAAAAAAAAAUCCAUGUCUAAAAUUAAAUACACAGAUAUGUUAACAAUGUUUUUCAUUUAACAUCAUUUAGCAUAUGUUUAGUGUAGAUGAUGAUUUAUUGUUAUUUAAACCUACUGCUUUGCACUCAUGAGAAUAUAAAAGUCAUAGGGAAAAACAUGUUUGAUAUUACAUGGGAAACCAUUGACUAUUCUAUAUUUCAUUUACUGGUAUCAUGAUAAGGAGCUCACAUUUCCUCUCAUUGGUAUCGAAGCAUGUGCUUGGAAAGUGUAUUUGAACUUUCCAAUUUCCAGUGUAGUUUUUCAGAUGUUACCACUACUGCCAUGACUUGUAUCAAUGCAAUUACCUGUCUGAUUCUGUCUAUCAGUAAUAUUUAUUAUUAAGGUUAGCAUCUGUAAGCAUGUGUGAUGGUUUUCUGUCUGUUUGGUAUGUAGCUUGCUUGGAUGAUGGGCUAUCCAAUGAAAUUAAAUAUCAAAAACUACCUUGACCCACUUUCACAAGUGUCACAUAUCUAAUUGAAAAUUAAAAUGGCUUCUACAACAAAAAAAACUCAUAUUCAUGAUAUUGAUUUGUAGCUUACUGGAAUCAAGAGCUAUCAAUUUUGAUCGAAGUAAUUGUUUGGACUGAUAUGCAAGAUCACAGAGGUCAAAUGUCUUGAAAUCUUCUCAAGCAUUUCAGCAAUAAGUAUAUUUUGUUAACUCUGUAAAAUAACAGACCCACUGGGCCUUUUUAUUUUGUGUUAAUCAUACGAGUUAGAAUAAAUAUGUAUGGAACAUCAUAAUACUGAAGUUUUAGCACUGCAUUAGAAUAUUAUCAGCUGUUGCUUCUAUACUGUUUUUUUUUUUUUUAUUGAAUAUCAUGAUAAAAGUAUGCUUGUAAGUUCCUUUAUCACUUACCUUGUCAACUACCAAAAACAUUCACUCACAACAUUAAUUCCAGACAAAUUUGUUCUGUUGUCAAUAUUUCUGUAGACAAAAUUAUUAUAGCAGUUGUUGAAGAAAGAUAUUGAACAAGUCAGUGUUUGUUGAUUUCUAUUAUUUAUUUGUAUGUGUUCCAUAUAUAUGCCAUAAGGUUACAUAACUGAGGUCAUGACCUCAUUCUCAUGGAGGGUUAGUGUAACAAUGUUUAACAAAAACGUGUUACUGCUGUUGGUCAAGAUCACAAAGGUUUAGAAGUUUAGUUGAAGGUAAUGGGAGUCAAGGUUACAGGGAGGAGGACUGUUACUUUAGAAGUCUGAAUCAAGGUCAUGAGGACAAGGUUACAGGGAGGAGGACUGUUACGUUAGAAGUCUGAAUCAAGGUCAUAAGGGGCAAGGUUACAGGGAGGAGGACUGUUACGUUACGUUACAAGUCUGAAUCAAGGUCAUGAGGACAAGGUUACAGGGAGGAGGACUGUUACUUUAGAAGUCUGAAUCAAGGUCAUGAGGACAAGGGUACAGGGAGGAGGACUGUUACGUUAGAAGUCUGAAUCAAGGUCAUGAAAGGCAAGGUUACAGGGAGGAGGACUGUUACGUUACGUUACAAGUCUGAAUCAAGGUCAUGAGGGGCAAGGUUACAGGGGCAUGAAGGUUAUGUUACAUCAGAAGUCUGAAUCAAGGUCAUGAGGGGCAAGGUUAUAGGGGGAGGACUUAUGUUACGUUAGAAGUCUGAAUCAAGGUCAUGAGGGGCAAGGUUACAGGGGGGAGGACUUUUAUGUUACAUUAUAAGUCUGAAUCAAGGUCAUGAGGGGCAAGGAUACAGGGGCAUGAAUGUCAUGUUACAUUAGAAGUCUGAAUCAAGGUCAUGAGGGGCAAGGUUACAGGGAGGAGGACUGUUAUGUUACGUUAGAAGUCUGAAUCAAGGUCAUGAGGGGCAAGGUUACAGGGGCAUGAAGGUUAUGUUACGUAAGAAGUCUGAAUAAAGGUCAUGAGGGGCAAGGUUACAUGGGGGAGGACUUUUAUGUUACAUUACAUGUAGAAGUCUGAAUCAAGGUCAUGAGGGGCAAGGUUACAGGGGGAGGACUUUUAUGUUACAUUAGAAGUCUGAAUCAACGUCAUGAGGGGCAAGGUUACAGGGGCAUGAAUGUUAUGUUACAUAAGAAGUCUGAAUCAAGGUAAUUGGGUCAAGGUUACAGGGAAGAGGACUGUUACGUUACGUUAGAAGUCUGAAUCAAGGUAAUUGGAUCAAGGUUACAGGGGGGGUUGUAGGUUAUGUUAAUGUAGGAGUCUGAAUCAAGGAAAUGGUUAUGUUACUUUUGGAAGCUUAAUCUAUAUAAUGAGGGCUGAAGUAACAGUGGGUGAAGGUUAUUCUACAUAAGGUAUUUGAAUUUAGGCAAUGAGGAUCGUUAGUAAGGAUAUACGUGUCCUGUAGUUAGUAACAACAUCCAUUUAUCCCUUGAUAUUGUAGUUACAAUAAUGUCCCCCUCAUAUUGACUUCAGUUGUCUGCCAGUGUGUCAUGAAAAGUAACAUGUAUGGUGCAAAAGAAAUUCAUUCCUGAGGCGAAAGGUCUCUUUAUUGUGCAAUGUUUUUAAUCAAUGUUAAUUGCUUUGUGUAUCACCAUGACGAUACAUGUAUCAUUGUAAAUAUGUUUAUGUAUGGGUAUAACAAUGACUGUAUGCAGGAGUUGAUGAUAUGUAUAUAUUUAGUUGUCACUGAACUAUUUGUACAAACAAAAUGUACUUGUGUCAGAAAAUUACUCUAGUCCAAAGAAAAACUUUCACAAUCUGUUAAUUAUCAAGCCACCAAACCCAACCACAUUAUGAUAUUUUUCAUGUUUACUCGUUGAUGUUUUAGAUAUUUAUGUUUUAGAUUUUGUGUUUUGUUACUUUUACCUUAUUGCAAAAAGUUCUAGCAGAUUUGAUACAGAUGGUAAUCCAUUUUAUGUGUUGAGUUUUAACAGUUACAGUACAGUUUUAUCAUUAUGCUGUGUUAACGUUGUUAUGUUUGAUUUACCGGUACUUUUUGACAAGUUUGAAUAAAGCCAUAUUAAUGAUGUUUGGAAAUAUGUCGAGCCAGGUGAUCUGUGGUCCUAGACAUUGCCUUCGCACUCUCUCUAUAUAUUAUAUACAUAUACCCAAAGUGUACAGUGUUUUAAGGAAAUGAAAUCUUAAAAACAUAUUGACUUGCCAAUAACUAUAAACAUGAAUAUUUUAGUGCCCUCAGAUUUUAGAGCAUUUUUAAAUUUUAACAGAUUAACACAUUGAUGAAUUGGCUCACCCACAAAAUUUGCAAUCGAAAUAAUAUACAGAAACUUUAAUUGGCCCAAUCAUAAUUUAGCACAAUAUUUAAGACGCCAAAAAUCAGUUUACCGAUAAAAUAUUUACGUUUACAGUAUAACAACCAAAUAGAUUUGUGAGGGGAUAGUUUAUUGUGUUGUCCCAGCACAGUUGGAUUAUUUAGUUCCAGAAAGGACAUGGUUUUGUAUCAAGUUCUUAAAAACUUGUUUACCUUUUCUGUUAAACGUUGGUGUAUGUGAAUCAUCUUGUAAUAAAUAUAUUU